UGUCCACACUUUCCAUGCGUAAAGACCCAAAGACGAGUCACCGCUUCUCCAGACAGACACUCGGACGCAGAGGUGGCGAUGGUUUGAGCGACUUUUUCCUGUUUUGAAAUUUUACACUAAGCUGCGCUGGACUUAUUCGACUUUUCCUGUGAGAUUGCAUUUUUUUCCCCACAUCCCGAUCAACAUAUUCCUGCUCCAAGAAAAAAAAAAUGAGGCAGAACACUUGUAUAUUUGACAGUGCCGGCCGUUCGAAGUGUACCGUUUCAACUUGGACUCAGUGGUGUUUGCGUUCCGCGGCGGUGCUGUGCGUGCUGCUGUCGCGCAACGCGGCGGACGACGUUUGUCCGUCUUCCUGCGUCUGUACCAGAGACUCGGGGACGGUGACCUGCCCGGCCGACGGAGAUGAGACCGAGAUACCCACAGACAUCCCCGAGUGGACGUCCGCCUUGAUUCUGAAGGGCAGAAACAUCUCAACUUUACCUCGUGGUGCGUUCAGCGCAAACGGCACGGAGUUGGACAUGGUGACGCUGUCGCUGUCCUACAACGGGAUACAAGUUAUUGAACCCUACGCUUUCCUGGGACUCCCCCGUUUACACUUGCUGGACCUGAGCCACAACCAGCUGGGCUCCAUCUCAGACAGGGCUUUCCACGGGUUGCCAGAGUUGCGCUCUCUGUACUUAAACCACUCUGUUUUGCCUUCGGCCGCUGCGCAACUCUCCAGUGCGCUCAGCGCGCAAAGUUUGCGCAACCUCCACAGACUGGAGUUGGUGGGAAAUAGAUUGACUUCUAUCCCCCUGGUGAGAUUAGAUUUAUACAACCUCCACUCGUUAGUGUUGAUAAACAACUCUAUAAAAAGCAUCGAGGGGGACAAUAUAACUCAUCUGUAUGAGCAAAGGCGCAUACGCGUCUACUUGUCUCUAAAUCCAUUUCGAUGCAAUUGUGAACUGGGGGAGUUUUACUACUGGUUGAAGAACUCGUCUCAGUGUCAGGAUGCUGGGAGAGUCCUGUGUCAUGAGCCCGAGGCCAAGAGGGGGAUCCCCGUGGAAAACCUCCGGGGAGAGGACGUGGAUUGUGUGAACGAGAACCUGGAGGCGGUGUCGUAUGUCUUCCUCGGUAUCGUGUUGGCUCUGAUAGGGGUGGUGUUUCUCAUGGUGUUGUAUCUCAACCGCGGAGGCAUCAAGCGCUGGCUCAACAACCUCCGGGAGGCGUGCAGGGACCAGAUGGAGGUCUACCAUUACCGCUAUGAGCAGGACUCGGACCCCAGACUGGCCAACGUGGCUGUGUAACCAAUCAGACAUCAGCCCCUCUGUUCCUGGGACAGAACAGAGGUGAUUACAUGCUUGGAGGGAAGGACAUUUUGAAAAAAGGAUUUUUAGAAACUUGUGAACUCCAAUUGUCACUUUGGGAUAUAGCCUACACAGAGCCAAAGACAGAGAUAACGGACUAUGAGAGACUAUUUACUUGUAUUUUACACAUUAUAUAAAUAUCUUCUCUAGAAUGGGGUCAUUUCUACGGAAAAGUAUUAGGGCCAGGCAGGAGAAAAAUAAAAAUAAUAUUUUAGGAGGAGGAAGAUUUUUUUUCAUCAUGCACUUCAAGAAAAAAGUCGAAAUAUCGAGAAAAAAAGUCGAAAUGUCGAGAUUAAUGUUGAAGUACAAUUUCGAGAAAAAAGUUGAAAUGUCGAGAAAAAAGUCGGAAUG